CCAUAACGGAAGCAUAUUCUGAUUAGUCAGCAGGUUCGCCAACAGUUUCCACACUGAGACGACCAGGCCGUAGUCGACGACUCUUCGACCUCGACGGUCACUCCCUGUGCUCGCUCCAGAACCACGCUUUGCUAUUCCCUGAAACUAGUGUUUCGCUGAACCUCGUAGUGCUGUAGGCCUUUCUAGGACGCCGGUCACGGACAUGUCGCGGGUUGCGCACAUCCGGAGAGACAUCGCCGCUAUUGAGCAACAACUCUGCUCCAUUGAAGCCGAAAAGCAACAAGCGCGAGAGGCCCUAGACGUCCUGUCAGCGAAGAGACGCUUAUUGGAGGCGCGUCGCACUGCACUCGACGCGCAGGCCACGCCCGUUCACUGGCUCCCAUCUGAACUCCUACUCGACAUCUUUGUCGCUUUUCUCCAAGCAGAUGCGUCCGCACCGGUUACGUUGGAACUUUCGGUGCGCCCUAUCACCGUCUCCCUCGUGUGUCGACAGUGGCGAUCGCUAGCUCUCUCGACGUCGAGCCUAUGGUUCCGCAUCCCCGUCCACACUCGACCUAUGAUACUUUUCUUGAGCCGCUCUCAGGAGACGAUGCUGGAACUAGCUUUCUUGCAAACUCCUGUUUUCGACGUCUCAUCUUGGGAUGCGACCCACUUGUCAUUACGCCCUUACGUUCCACGUGUGCGGUCAAUCCGAUGGCGGAUGACAGGCGGCAAGAGCCGUGAUAUGCUCAACAAGUUGAUGACCAGUGAUGUGCCGUUGUGCGCAUUGCAGGUCAUUGACAUCUGCGGUCCGGCGCAGCAGAGAAGACUACAGUUCUGGGCAGUCGAACGCUACGUAUGGAUGAACAACACAACCCUCCCGGCGCUCGAGGAGUUGCGUCUCACUGCAGCCAUGGCUCUUUCCAAACCUCCAGUUCGCUUUCCUCGAUUGCGUAUCCUACAACUCGACCACCGGGAUUUGCGGCUCUCAGUGUUAUAUCAACUGCUUCAAUGCACCCCGAACCUCAAAACACUUGUUCUAGUUGAUAUCGUACCAAGGUUGGAUUUCGCUAUACGGUCUAUACCCGCUCGACUCGGUGACCGCCCUCGAAUACAGUGGGCCUGGGCCUCAACCUCACAGCCUCGAAUAUACCGCGACGUGCCUGUUUUGGCUUGCCUGGAGCACCUUGAUUGGAGCUUUGCUCCCCCCGCGGAUGCUUGGCUCCUUUUCCUUCUCCUCGACACUCCGAAUCUGCGAUCUCUUGCUCUGUGCCUCAACACUGGCCUGAGUCGAUGGCCGCGUUACACGGGCUACGAUCCCUCCAACCCCGACCCUGCCAUUCAAGACAGCAUUCCAGUGUGCCUGUCUUCUCUCCGAGAGCUGGAUGUCCAAUGUAUUGAUGACGAAGCGUUACGUUAUGUUUUCCACAAACUCCACUUUCCCUCGCUCACGAAACUACACAUCACGUAUCUGCCGCCCCUCCGUGCGCGGUGCGAGCUUCCACGGCUUCCCCGCCACGAGAGCAUGUUCCGCGAGCCUCGGCUUCACACCGUGACGGAUCUCAAGCUCUCGCACUUCACUCUCGACAUCGACGAGACCAAGACGAUGCUGCGAUAUAUGCCCGCUCUCACUCACCUUACUUUCCUGGACUGCCCUCAAGCGGCCGGCGUCGUCUGCGCUCUGUCUGGCGGCACUUGUGACAACCGACACGUGAACCCGCUCAACAUCUGGAUAUGUCCGCGGCUCGAAGUCUUCCGGGUGGUGGACGUUCCCGACCUCAGAUUCCGGUGCCUGCGAGGGAUGCUCCACGCGCGAUUCCAUGGUUCCCGGGCACCCGGCUCCUGCCUCACCACUCCGUCGAAGCAGGGGCCUCGCGUGCCGGGAUCCUCUUCUCCACGUGUCGUCAAGCCUUUGCGGAGAAGACUUCGGGAUGACGACCUCAGUAGCGCCGACGGCUCUACGUCUUCGCCGUCCUCACGCGCGGGCGCUACCAUUGGAUGGAACCCAUAUGCCUCCAUGCGACCAUCGCUGCUCCGCAUCGUAUGCGUUGAGGGAUGUCGCCGAGUCUCUGAGAUAGAGGCGAUGUCCUUGGGUGACGAAUUCCCGUCCCUGAGGGUCAAGUGGGAAGCGUAGCCGAAAUGUCCCGCGUUCAACGUGACAACCUCAACCUCAACUAUUCCCGUUAUUCCUACUGCGAUACCUAAUUCCCGGAUCCUCAUAACUCUGAACUGUGUGCGUAUUGCACCUCUGAUAGUCUAUUCGUCCUGGCCUUGCGAUACCCGCUACUUCUAUGCGGACGCGUUGUUAAACCGUGUCCCCAAAUGUCACUUACGAUCUCAGACUGCCACUCUGGUAUUCUAAAUGAUGUUGACGACUUGGUACCAUGUAUACGUGUACGAUAUAUAGUCCGUGGUCACUUCAUGAGUCCUAUCUCUCCGAAAGCCUGCGCGAUGUGGGUUCUGAUCACACUUUGUUGUCUGAGAAAGAUGGCGGAGCUAAGAAGCUCAACGCCAAUUAGAUAAGCAAAUUCAUA